GAGUGAGUGCUGGUCUGCGCUCCUCGGGGGCCUGACGUGGGGGCCGCGGCCCUUGGUUCCCGGACUCCGGCCCGCGGCGGAGGGACACGCGGCGCCCGGGCGUGGGUCCGCGCGGAGGGGCCUGCGCCGGCCGCGGCUGUGAAGGCGCAGCGGGGCGGCGGCGAGGGCGCGGGCGGCGGGGAGCCGGGAUGGCUGCGGCCGGCGGCGGCGGCGGCGGGGCGGCGGGCAGAGCCUACUCCUUCAAGGUGGUGCUGCUGGGGGAAGGCUGCGUGGGGAAGACGUCGCUGGUGCUGCGCUACUGCGAGAACAAGUUCAACGACAAGCACAUCACCACUCUGCAGGCAUCAUUCUUAACGAAGAAGUUAAAUAUUGGUGGGAAAAGAGUAAACCUUGCUAUAUGGGAUACAGCAGGUCAAGAGAGAUUCCAUGCAUUGGGUCCAAUUUACUACAGAGAUUCAAAUGGAGCUAUUUUAGUUUAUGAUAUAACAGAUGAAGAUUCCUUUCAGAAGGUAAAAAACUGGGUCAAAGAAUUACGGAAGAUGUUGGGAAAUGAAAUCUGUUUAUGUAUAGUUGGUAAUAAAAUAGACUUGGAGAAGGAGAGACAUGUUUCCAUUCAAGAAGCAGAAUCGUAUGCAGAAUCUGUGGGAGCAAAGCAUUAUCAUACUUCAGCCAAACAGAACAAAGGAAUUGAAGAACUCUUUCUUGACCUUUGUAAAAGGAUGAUAGAAACAGCACAAGUGGAUGAGCGAGCAAAAGGCAAUGGCUCUAGUCAACCAGGAGCUGCAAGGCGAGGUGUACAAAUUAUUGAUGAUGAACCUCAAGCCCAGAGCAGUGGUGGAGGGUGCUGUUCUUCUGGAUAACUGUUCACACUUAAGAAAUUAAACAAACUGUGGAUCAUUGCCCUCAACAUGAAGACUGCCAUAUUCCAAGUCACAUUAUUUUACCAAUGGAAUUAUAGAAUAACAGUAUUUUAAAUUACGUUUAUAACACUGCAGAGACCUUAAGUGCUAAACUUAGUGGAGUUUGUGACCAGAGAAUUGGCAUUUUUCUACAAAUGUUAACAAAGCAAUUACCAAUGGCCUUUUUACAUAUUUUUUUCUUUAAUAAGGAAUAAUAUGCAUGUAGAAAAAGACCUACUUAAAGGCUUCAUUUAUAUUCUUUUAAAUCAAAUCUUUAUUUAAUAACUUAUAUAUGUUGUUGGAAUGGUAUACAUUUUUGCAGCCCUUUGUAUUUUGUGGUAGUUUGAAUUGUAUCACUUCUAAAUGGCAAACUGUUUUUUUGUUUUCUUUUUUUUUUUUUUUUUUUUUAAUUAGCAGAUACCUGAAGUACUAUUUUUGCAGGGUUUGCACAGGCCCCUUAACUGUCUACUACUUUGAUAUAAUCUAUAUACGACCUGUAUGCUGAGCUGGUAAAACAUUGUAAAAUUACAUAUUAAAUACUUUAUCUGCUUUUACAAGCGCAAGGUGCAAAAAUAUAUACGAUAGUCUCAUUGAUGACUGUAAAGUGAAUUAACAUUUGGUGAUAAUGCCUAAGCUUUUUGACUCUGACAUAAAGAUCAUAGCUCCCCUUCACUUUUGUCUUAACUUGAAAGUGGCGUGUUUAAAUUUUCACAUAUACUUUACUUGAAUUAUUGCUGUUGUCAUAUUUUUUUUUUGCCUCUUGUAAGUCUUUUGAUGAUUGAACAACAGCAUUUGCCUUUUGGUUUGUUGGGGUUUUUUUUGUUUUGUUUUUUGUUCUGGGGGGGAUUUUUUUGGUUAAAAGAGAUGAAUUCUGCUGAUUUUGCUUUAGAGUGGUUACCUUAGAAGUAUUUGAGUGGAGCAUGCUGAGUUUCACUUCUGCAAUGGCUUUAGUUUUCUCUUAGACUUUAUGAGAGAUGGGUUCACUGGUGUGAGAAGAAAGGAAGAGGUCACAGUGAGUUGCCACUCGCCAAGAUUCAUUCAUACAGCAUGUUAGUGGGUAGUUUAUUCUCCUGGGGCAGCACUUUUAAAUCCUCUGUGAGCAAAUUGUAUUUGUUCAUUGCUUGCCAGAGAUGAACACAGAAAAGUUUGUUCCAUUUAAUAAGAGCUGUCAUUCUGAGUUUCUGUGAAGGGAAACAUUUCAUGUAAUGCGGUUAUAGCGAACACUGGAAAGAUUUAUUAUAAAAUUAUAUUCUUGUAUACUUUGUAAAUUAGUCUCAUUAGGUUUUUUUUUUUUUCCUUAAGCAUAGGACUGAACUUAAAUUUGUUAAUUUUAAUAGAAUCAGACACUGCUCAUAGAAGGAUCACAAAUUAUGGAGAUUAACAUAUAUUGUUCUUGUUCUAAUAUAUAUAUUUUUCCAUUUCUGUCAUGCUUGGAAAACUAGUAAAUGUUAUGUCUAAGAUAAAAUGGAAUGGUCCCUGGAUUUACUUCUUAAAAGAAGCAGUGGUAUGCAAUAAAGUUGUUAGCAUGAGCAAUUAAGACGAUAUAAAGAAGUUACAGUUACUAAAGAAGUACUGCCAUAUUUUUAAAUUCAUAGCUUAAACUUUCCCAAAUGGGUUUAAAGUUGGAUUGACAGCUUGAUAUUAGAAUUUUGACUUAGUAUUAAGUGUUCUGUGAGCCCUCACUUCACCUUCUUUAGUUACUCUCCUUGCCAGUCUCAACACACUGAUCUCUGUUGUGUGUGUUUGGGGAGGGUGGGGCGGUAAGAGUCAGGGAGAUAAGCUAAAAUUGUUUUUUUUUAUCAGAUGAUUGUACUCUGUAUAAUAUCUCCGUUUCCUGUGAAGUUUGUGUUUAUGCAGGGCAGCAGGGGAGACGAGGGGAAUCAUGAGUACAAAUACAGGAAAAAUUGUUUUUGUGCAGCGCCCCCACCUCCCCCCGGCUGGUUCUUCCACAGAUUGCAAAGAAAGCCUUGCCAUUUUUAUGAUUAUACAUGUAGAUGGAAAACAAGCUCUUCUUAGGAGUGAAAUGUUUUUUAAACUAAUUAGAGAUGAAUAUGAGAUUUUUUUCCAAAAAGUCGUCAUAAGGCCUGAUAAUUGGCGAGUUGUACUCUAGGUUUUUGACGCUUCUAUUAAUGAUAAAUUAAGUCCAGAUAGGAACCUCUGCUCCAGAGUUGCCAGAUAAUCAUUGAUGGGGUACAACCACUCUCCGUAUUUUUUUUUCUUUGCUCUCCCUUGGUUUCUGUGUAUCUUUCUAAACCUCAAGCAUUUCUUCUUAUUUUGAUCUGUAAUUUAAGCUGACUCAAUAGCACCAAUAAAUAAUAUGAAAUAUGUGUCCUUGCUCUGAAGUGUGAGAGGUCUUUAGGUAGGAAUAGGAUAAAAGAGGACCAGGCAGUUGCAGUAUGCACAUAAAGGAGAGAUAAAGAGAUGAUAAACUAAGGCUGAGGAAAUUGCUCUGAUACUUUCUUCACCUCUAACAUAUCUUUUGUGUUCCUGCCCUUAUACAUUGUGCUAUUAGGAAGAAGACACAUGUUACUGUAUUGUGUAUUAAAAGUAGUAGGUAGGUAGAACCAAUAUAUUUUUCAACUAAGUAAGUGUAUACACUUAGUAUAUAUAAUUAAAAAUUGGUAUAAGAUAGUCAUUAAAAAUACCUGCAUAUUAUGUUAAAAGUAUACAAUCAUUGUUUCUGUAAUGAUGAUGGGUAUUCAGAUUCUUAUUUUGCUUUGUGAUUAUAGAGGAAAAUACUGUUUUUAAAAAUGUAUAUUGCAGCAGUUUUGGGGUAAACAGCAAUCUGAAAAAAAAGCAUCACGUUAUUGUAUGAAAUAUGAGUGUUCGAAUUUGUUUUGUUCUGGGGAUAUCUCCUGAAAGUACCCUAAAGUUAUGGAUGUUACAGCUAAAUUUAAGUCUUUUUUUUUUUUUUAAAUAUUAGCCAUGUUAUUAGUGAUUGCUUUUUAUUUGGCAUUAAAGUGAAAAAGAAGAGUGAUACAGGUUUUCAGUAAGAAAAGAUAAAAUUUGGGAAAUAUGAAAGGAGGGUAGUGAGGAGAAUGAAGUCAGGUAGAUCUGAAACUCUACAACCUGAUAUUUUUAUAAUCGUUUUGAAAAUACAUUAUCAAGUCGUUUCUAAAUAAGGCAAGUUACACAUUGUGCCAAGUACUUAGAACAUAUAAAAAAAUGAAUUGUGAUACUAUGUCUUUUAAUAUAUAAUUUGCAAUUUUCUAUAUUAAAAUGCUACAAGGAGUCUAUGUCAUUGAUGUUAUCUCCAAAUAAUAGAAUUUAUCCUUAUUACCACUUA